AUGAUGAAGAACGAGAACAGCUAGCAAAGGAACUAUCCAAAGAUUGGAAUUCAGUCUUUGAGCGAAGCAUAAAUACACUGUUUUUGACUGAAAUGGUUCGAGGUCUGAUGCUGACACUCAAGUACUUCUUUGAAAAGAAAGUGACUAUUAACUAUCCAUUUGAGAAGGGCCCUUUAAGCCCUCGUUUUCGUGGAGAACACGCCCUUCGACGUUAUCCUACCGGAGAGGAAAGAUGCAUUGCAUGUAAACUUUGUGAAGCUAUUUGCCCUGCUCAAGCUAUCACUAUCGAGGCUGAAGCGCGAGAAGAUGGGAGUCGUCGAACAACUAGAUAUGAUAUUGAUAUGACAAAGUGCAUCUACUGUGGAUUCUGCCAAGAAGCCUGUCCUGUUGAUGCCAUUGUUGAGGGGCCUAAUUUUGAAUUUGCAACUGAAACUCAUGAGGAACUCCUUUACGACAAGGAGAAGCUUCUUGAGAAUGGAGAUCGAUGGGAAACUGAGAUUGCAGAGAAUCUGAGAUCUGAAAGCCUAUACCGCUGAGUUCGUUUGUCAAAGAUACACUGAAAAUUCUUGCUUAAUUUAUAAAAUAAAAGGAUUUGCUGAAUGUUGAUUAUUGUUCUUCCACCUGUCUUAUCUUGUGACAAUCUGAAGACGGGUGCUGCUGCUGUUCUGUAAUUCUGUUUGGGCAAGAUGACUUAUUUGUAGAGUACUAUCCAUGGCCAUAGAUUUAAGUGGCUGUAGCACGGCAACUCUUUCUGUUAGAAGGAAUUGGGUUGGGAUUCACCUAUGUUUUUCUCCGGUCAUCAACGGGUCCUUCAUGGAAAUGUCCUUUGACGAAUAGUAGCUAUGACUGUUCAAAACUUCAAAUUGGAUCUGGAUGAAUCAUCUGGUGCUAGAGGGUUAAAGUUUGUUCAUAUUCUAGUGCUCUGUCUGCCCUUACAAGCAUGAUUUAUCUCAGUGAUGUGAUAAUUGUUGCUGCAAAGCAGCAUUCUCUUCUGUUGAAUUUACUGUAAUUGGUUCUGUUUAUUGAUAGGAUAACGUUGGUACGCUUGAAGGGUACAAUUGUUCCUUAAAAAUGCUACUAGUUUCGGGGUUUGAAAA